CUCCAGUGUUUGGUGAUGGCUUCAGGCUCUUGCUCAUUCAUUUUAGCCUGAAUCACCAGGCAUCAAGGCCACCAGACGAUCCGCGGAACUGGAGCCAGCCUUACCCGAUUGGGAUUUUUCUUUUUCCCGCGUGGCGGCGGUCUUCAGGGACUGGGCUCCGCAGAUAAAUCCGCCUGUUGCCCGAUCGUUCGGUCUCUGUCAGGUAGGCUUCCCUGUUCAACGGAGCCUCCAUAGCCUACGGGCUCAGUAUCUCGCCCGCCAUGAUCGGUACCACAACCGACGAGCCAAUUCAUGUGCUCAAUCUGCCCCAGAUCUACCAGAAGCCCUCCGGGACCGAUCUCCUCAAGGCUCUUGCCCUGUUGGCUGUGCAGCCACGCACAUUCGGAACCAGUGUGGAGGCUGUCAAGGGCCCCUCGGUUCAGCCGGCGGGGGUGACCAGGUAUCUCACCCAAAUCAUCUCCAGCCCGCUGUCAUGGCUGGAGACUGAUGAACUGCGUGAGGCUGUGUGGGAUGCUGCAGGGGCUCGUCUGAGUGAACGGUCUGGCCGUACCGCUAUGCCGGCCAUGUCGCGCAUCUUCAACAUUCCCACAUCGUCCGGUGAAGACUAUACGCUCACUUUGCACGAGCCCUCUCUCACCUCGGACAACCUGGGCAUGAAGACCUGGGUGUCAUCCUACCUUCUCUCCCGACGACUGCACCAAAUGCUCGAGUCUCCGCCCGAGCUCGUCCCUGUUGGUUCGACUGAUCCCUCAGCUGCAUUAUCGCAGGAAAAGAAGCCACUUCGAGCUCUUGAGCUAGGCUCUGGGACCGGCCUCGUUGGCCUUUCCUUUGCGGCAUUGAAGGGCAAAUCAGCCACAGUCCAUUUGACCGAUCUCCCAGAGAUCGUGCCAAACUUGGCUCACAAUGCCGCUCUCAAUGUCGAGCUACUCAAUAAGACCGAGGCCAACGUGACCACUGGUGUGCUAGAUUGGUCCGUGACACCCGCACCGCUGCCCACAGCAGAAGAACGGUUCGAUGUGAUCCUCGCCGCCGAUCCGUUGUACUCACCCAACCACCCCAAAUGGUUAGUGGAUACGAUCGCGCCAUGGUUGAGCAAGGGCCUAGAUGCCCGGGUUGUGGCAGAGAUGCCGUUGCGCGAUGCAUAUCUGCCUCAAGUGCAAGAAUUUCGACAGCGAAUGACUGAUCUGGGCCUCGCCGUUGUGGAAGAGGGUGAGGAGAUUGGGUAUGAUGAUUGGGAGAGUUCAGAUGGUGAUGCACUGGCUGUAAAGUGCUGGUGGUCCAUCUGGGGAUGGAGCGAGCAAGUAUAACAGUGGCCCCGACACUACAACACGAGAUCACGAAUAGAUGAUACACGAUAGAUCAGCAUGACCCUAGAAAUAGAAUAGAGGUCUUUGUUAGAUUCAAUAGAAGCAUUUUCUCUCUCAAUGAUCGUGUCCUGAUGCCGAGACAUAAAUCUAGCAUAGAAACUGGGU